AUGGACCAAUUGGCAGCCAAGCUGGGUUUGGGUGCAGGAGAGCUCAGCUUCUACGAUGUCUACUCGCUCGACGAGCCCGAGCUGAUAGCCCACAUUCCUCGCCCGGUCCUGGCUUUGCUGGUCAUCAUCCCUCUCACACCCGCAUGGGACAGAGACCGCCGCGCUGAGGACGCUGACAAGGGUGAAUACACUGGCGUGGGCCCCGAAGAGCCUGUCAUCUGGUUCAAGCAAACUAUAGGUCACGCCUGUGGCUCCAUUGGUUUGCUACACUGCGCCAUCAACGGCCAGGCUGCCGCCCAUAUCCAGCCAGGCUCGACUUUGGAAAAGCUACGCUCAGCAGCGCUGCCAUUGAAAAUGGCGGAACGAGCUGACAUGCUCUACAACAGCGACGCCUUUGAGCAGGCCCACAAGUCUGUCGAGCAGGUUGGCGACACUGCUAGUCUGCCCACAUCGGAAAAUAAUGGCCAGCACUUCGUUGCCUACGUGAAAGCGGGAGGCCGCCUCUGGGAACUUGAGGGUUCACGAAAAGGCCCGCUGGAUCGUGGCAGCCUCGACGAAGAUGAAGAUGUCCUGAGCCCGCGAGCAUUGGACUUGGGCUUGAAGCGCAUCAUAAAGGUAGAGCUGGACAGCGGUGGUACAGAUCUUCGCUUCAGUUGCAUUGCUUUGGCACAGAAGUCUUGA